UCCGGCCCCUAAGACAUGUCCUGCUGCAGCCCGUGCCAGCCCUGCGUGCCCUGCUGCCAGCCCUGCGGCCCGACCCCGCUGGCCAACAGCUGCAAUGAGCCCUGUGUCAGGCAGUGCCAGAGCUCCACCGUCGCCAUCCAGCCCUCCCCCGUGGUGGUGACUCUGCCCGGCCCCAUCCUCAGCUCCUUCCCACAGAACACCGUUGUGGGCUCCUCCACCUCCGCCGCUGUUGGCAGCAUCCUCAGCUGUGAGGGAGUCCCCAUCAACUCGGGGGGCUUUGACCUCUCCUGCAUCACCAGCCGCUACUGCGGCAGAAGGUGCCCCCCCUGCUAAAGCUACUGGCAGCGUCCUUGGG